AAACACAACGAAGAAGAAAAAAAAAUGAUGAAAACAUGCUAAAAUGUGCCUAAUAUCUACUAUAGUAUGUACACGUGCCUGUUAUUAAUCCCCCUCGCGCCAUGUGGUCACCCUAUCUGAUGCUAAUGGGUGUGGUUUGCCUCUGCUGGUUAUUACUCCGACAUGGGAGAUAACGGAUAACAACUAUACAAACAAGUUUAGAUAUGAGGCCUAAUAUGGAUGAAGUGAACGUUGUCUCUCUUGCCGUUGGGAGAUGUGUGGACGCCUGCUGCCUGCUGCUCGACCUGCUCGUCAGGGCGUUUACCGGGCUGCUUCGCUUCCUGUCCGGCGUCGGUACCUCCCUGCACAGCACGAUGGUCGCCCUGAGCAGCUCCAGUUUGGUCGAGUACUGGAACUUCGCUCUCUUCUCCUUCCUCACUGCCACGGAGGCCGUCUCCUGCGCGGCCUGUGGGGCCCUGCAGGUGGUGGAGGGCUGGCUGCAGAUGCUGGGCGGGGUGCUCGAAAGCUUCAAGAUGGUGGGACACCUCUUCUGUCACGUGGGGUGGCGAAUAAAAGACGUGCUGCACCGCGGGUUCAUAUCAGGAAGCUGCAUCCUGCGACAGACGUGUGAAGGCCUCUGCAUCGCGCUCAGCCUUGUGCUUUAUUUUGUCAACACAGUGAUCAACAUUGUCCUCAUCAGCACGCAGAACUGUGCCUCUGUGCUGGUUGGGGUGUGGGAGGUGGUGGCGGAUCCUUUGCACAGGGUGGUGGAUCUGGCUCUGACUUUGCUGACCUUCCUGUACAGCUGCCUGGUCGGGGCCUCUGUGCUGCUGUGGACCCCCUGCCAACUGCUGUUGGACUUCCUGGCUGCACUGGGACGAGUUUUCCUCAGUGUUUUCACGUUAGACUUGCAUGUCCUGCUCAUCACCGCUGUCGUCAUCUUGAUUGCUCUGCUGUUCAUGAACCCAACACUUCCUGUCCACGCUGCACGCCUGAGUGUCAGAUUCAUGAGCGCUCUCCAAGGAGCGGGUCACAUUCAAACUCUUGUGGAACAAGCUCUGGCCAAUCAGGAUGUCUACAUCCACACAGCACAGGACGUGAGCAGAACAAGGCCUCCGCACACACACACAGGUAUUCUAAAUACUGAGACCAACGUGCCAGAGACUGAACCAAGCCCGCCAGACUCUCUGCCGCUCCAUACUCGGGAUGACAGCAAGCCAGCAAGCAGCAGCAAGACCAAAAUUUCCACUAAAAAAAAAUCUCCUGAUGUCAUCGGCCCUCUGACAGACAUGGAGCUGCUCAGCUUGCUGAAGGAGCAGGAGGAGAGGAAAAAGUGUGUCAUCUGUCAGGACCAGAGUAAGACGGUGCUGCUGCUGCCGUGUCGUCACCUCUGCCUCUGUAGACACUGCGCCGACAUCCUGACGCAGCGCCGAGCCGUGCAGCAACGGUGCUGUCCGCUCUGCAGGCAGCCAAUCACAAAGACCAUGGACGUCUUUCUCUGACCAACAAACUGUUUCUUUUGCUGCACUAUGAUAAAUCUUUGUAAGUCUGGAUGUUAAACGAAGAAAUCCUUAUGUAUCAAGAAGUGCCAACUGCUGGUCUGUUUGUUUAUUACAUGUUGCAAUAUUUUCUAAAAAAUAAAAAAAAAAACAAGUCAGGACUUUUCCACUCCUCUGAAAAGUAUUUGUGCACUUUGCUUUUUCAUCAUGAAAAAAAAAGUCCAUGUAUGUUCACAUAAGCCAAAACAACAACAAAUCUUUUUUUUGUUUGUAGCUGCUGCUGAUAAUCAACACUGGAUAAUUACAUGUGAGGAUUUGUGCCAAGACGUUUGAAAUAUGUACAGUAUUAUUAUUUUAUAUAUAUAUAUAUAUAUAAUAUAACUAUAUACUAUAUAUAUAUAUAUAUUUGAACAUUUAUGUAAACAUAUGAAGGUUGUCAAAUAUGUGUAAGAAGACUGCACAUCUACUGUGGAAGUUCAUAUUAAGUGAAUUUUAUUCCUUCAAACUGCCAAAUUCCUCCUUUUCUUUAUCAUACUGCUUCUUAUAUUUAUGCCUUACUUUCUGCUCGUGUUAUUUAUUAAAGCUGAAGUUUAAGAUAUUA